AUGUCAGGAGGACUGGAAGUGUUGUCUAUGAAGGAGCAGGACAUGCUGAAGUUCCUCGCCGCAAGUGUUCAUCUGGGAUCUACCAAUGUGGACCACCAGAUGUUGCAAUAUGUGUUCAAGAGAAAACCAGAUGGUAUCUACAUUGUCAACUUAAAAAAGACUUGGGAAAAGCUUUUGUUGGCUGCCCGUGCUAUUGCAGCCAUUGAGAAUCCAGCAGACAUUUGUGUGAUCUCAGCUCGCCCCUAUGGACAAAGGGCAGUUCUAAAAUUUGCAUCGUCUACUGGCUCAACCCCCAUUGCUGGACGCUUCACGCCAGGAACAUUUACUAAUCAGAUCCAGGCUGCUUUCCGUGAACCCCGUCUCCUUGUCGUGACUGACCCUCGCAUUGACCAUCAGCCAGUAACGGAGGCUUCAUACGUGAACAUUCCAGUGGUUGCAUUCUGUAACACGGACUCACCGCUACAACAUGUGGACAUUGCCAUCCCCUGCAACAACAAGGGUGCUCAGUCUAUUGGUCUGAUGUGGUGGCUUCUUGCCCGUGAGGUUCUGCGACUGAGAGGCACCAUUUCACGUGACCAUGCCUGGGAAAUAAUGCCAGAUCUCUUCUUUUACCGUGACCCUGAAGAAGUGGAAAAAGAAGAGAAAGAAGCCCUAGAACGAGCUAAGGAGGAGAUUCCACCACCACAACCUGAUUGGCCUGGUGAUGCAGGCAUCGGGGGCGGACCUGAUGUUGGUGACUGGGCAGCAGAAGUCCCUGUCCCAGCAGUCAGCCUCCAGCCACAGACAUUCCCAGCUGCGGCUGAGGAGUGGGCCAUCCCACAGAUGGAUGACUGGUCUGCUGAGCCUGCCGCCACUACCGCUGUAGAGACUGGGGCUAACUGGUCAACUCCUGAUGAAAACUGGGGCUGA